CACGAGGCACAGUUUGGUGGUUUUUGCUGGUUAUUGGCAACCGUGUAAUUACACCCAUAAAUUUCCAGAAUCCCCUGGUAAAACAUGUAUUAUUAUCUGCUGACACGAUUUUUGGUAAAACCACAAGCUCCACGAGAAUCAUAUGCCUCAUGUAGGAAAUAUGAGAGCAUGUCGAACUGGUGAACGCAGGCUGCAGUCACACCAGACAGAAUCUCACUUGUAAAUCUAAUGACCGCAUUUUCUGAUAUUCUUACAUGUGGAAUAUUUUUCAUACUGUGAGGUGCUACCACUGCUGCUGCUGCUGCUCUGCAAGCUUUUCCUCACAGAGCUCACAGCGAUUGGACGGCAGGAGAGCCAAUGGGCGGCGAAGCAGCAGGUUAUUUGAACUCUCCUCACACAGCUCAACUAAACCAGACAACAUCCUCUGACUUUUCAAACAUUAUUCUCCGUCAUCAUCUCUCUUCUCAGCCACAGCCCCCGUGGGCACAGAAAGAAGCACAAAGGACACCUUUUAACCUUUCUUUUUUCUUUUUUUUUUUAAAAUUACUUUUACAUCAAGUGUAUCAAGGAUGGGAACCUACGGCUUCUAUUUACAUCUGGAGGUCUACUGAUGCACCUGUUGAUUGAGGAAAAUUCUGCGGGUUUGAGAAUGAACAAAGUUGCUGUGAUGAAGUCUGACACUCUGCUUCAUUUGGAGGACGACGUGAGGGCAGAGGAGAGGAGCAGGUUGAGCUGUGUAGACUUACCUCAGACCAGUUUAACAGACGGACAGAACACAGACCUGCUGCAAUGCCAGGACACCACUGACACCGGAUCUACUAUCAAGUACAGGAGAUAUGGGUCUCGACUGGGUGGGGUCAAAGUUCGCCACAAGAGACAGGUGCUGCAGGACAUGGCCCGACCCCUGAAACAUUGGCUGUACAAACACCGAGACAACCCUUACCCCACCAAGACUGAGAAGGUCCUGCUGGCGCUGGGCUCACACAUGACAUUAGUGCAGGUUUCCAACUGGUUUGCAAAUGCCCGAAGGAGGCUGAAAAACACAGUGAGACAGCCGGACCUGAGCUGGGCCCUGAGGAUCAAACUUUAUAAUAAAUACAUCCAAGGAAACGCUGAAAGGUUGAGCGUAUGCAGCGACGACACCGACUCUGAUGACGAAGAUUGUCCCUUACAGACUCCUAUCAGCCAGUCAAACUUUGGCAGGUCAUCUUCCCACAAGAGCGUGCUGGAGAAGCAGGGAGGUGUCCUUGCCGUAGCUGACUCUGCCAACAGUGACGACAGCACGUCACCUCCAUCCAAAUACAAGAGCAGUUUACUGAAUCGGUAUCUGAACGACACCCUGCGGCACAUGAUGGCCGCAAAGGGUGAAGGCGUCACGUCGUCCCGCAAGAGGAGGAGUCACUCUGAGUCGUUCAGCUCCAACGAGUGUGAUCGAGAUGUUGUCUCUCCGGCAUCGUCCUACGAAACAGAGACCAACUUCGUCUACCACAUGGAUACAGUGGACUAUACUUCAACUAAAUGUGGCAGGGACCAGCAGCAGGACCGAGGCCAGCAGAGACGGGGCGACCAAGGCUGGAGGGAGAUCCACGCUGCCGUGGCUCUGACCAAUUUGGCCCAGGGGCAGAGCCACAUGGGGGACCAGAGCGGCGUUAUGGUUCCCAUCGCUGCCACAGGGCAGAGCUGCACCCGAGAGCCCUUCUCCAUAACGCGAACCACUAUCAUAGACAGGAUGUGCGUCACGGGACCCUCCUCUGCUCUGAGGCAGAGCUGCACCGCAGGGCCCACUCUCACCAGCCGCAUCAUCCAGAAGUCUUCUCACAUUGCUGAGGUCCAGACUGUCAAAGUGGCCCUGGCCAACAGUGUGUAGGCCUUCAAUAUGAGUGCCUGGUCUAAGCACAUCGUUCCAUAUAGGAAUACCAGAUGCUUAAGUGCCUUGCGAUGUACAGCCUUUGUUAUUUUGUAUUGCUAAUAAACUUUGACAUUUUCAAUCAUUUUUACAUUGUAAGAUAGUAACACUUAUCUAACACAGUUGAAUUUUUCUAAUGUUUGCUAUGUUCCUAAUGUCCUCCUAUUGCCCUCUGUUGCAGUAAGUUAUAUUAACUUCAAUGAGACUGGAUUAUCAUCCAAUGCUUAAUUUGACAGCAGCUAUUUGAAUAAAACCAAUGUGAAAUCUUU